UAAACACAAACUUAGCACAUUGCACUACCGGUGUGUUUUAACUUUUGUAAAAUUCCAAAAUGCCUCCAAAGUCAUCAAAUAAGAAAAGUGCCAGUAAGCCAACUGCAAUAUGGUAUCAUUGUGAUGUAUGUGAAACACACAUAACAGCCAAUGAUAGGGAGGGACAUGAGAGAAUUUGUCCAAUUGGUGAUCAUCAGAGUCAAACAGAUAAAGGGGAGUCUUUGGAGUAUAUACAUUGUGGUACAUUUUAUACAAGUAGCUUGGAGGUCAAGAAAUUCGAAAUUGAAGCAUUGAAGGAUAUGCCAUCGAAAUAUUUGAAUAAUUUGAUAUUUCUGUCUGAGGGGGCAAUGCGUUUGACUGGUAUUCAUAUUGGACAAGAAGUAAUGAUCAAAUCCACCACCGAGGAAGAAAUAAGCCUGAUACGAAACGUAUGGCCAACACCGGAUAAAUUUCUUACCACAGUAUUUGUAAACGAUGAGGAUUACAAACAAAUAUGGUCUUCAUAUGCAGGCCAUAGCUGGCAGAUACAAGCUUUGCCUAAAGACCAACCUAUUAUUGCAAAAACCAUAGUGCUGCAGAUUAUCGCUAAGCCUGGUGAAAUGGAUGACCCACUAAAUGAUCAACAGCUAAAAGAUUUGGGACGCCUUUUAAAGCUGGAAUAUAAAAAUCUGUGUUAUACAAAGGGCUCACAUAUACGAUAUGACUUCUUUAAUAAAAGUUUGGAGCUAAAAGUAAUUGAAGCUACAAACAUGAAGGACGACGCUGUUUAUGAUCUGGAAAAAUCUAUUGAAAAAUUAACUCUGAAUAAAAAUUCAAAUGGAGACAUUUUUAAGAUAGCAAAUUGUACACAGGUCGAUGUUGUGUAUGAAAACAAUGAAAAACAAGCAGAAAAUAAUGAAGAUGCUAUUUCAGUGGUAAAAGAUGACAUUGGAGGUCUUGCAAAACAAUUGGAAAUUAUAGAGGAGGCUAUUGAUUUUGCUUUAGGAUUGCGAGAUAUUCCCAAGGGUGUCAAAAUAUCCCGCAGCUUAUUGGUUUAUGGCUCUUCCGGAUGCGGCAAAACAAUCAUUUGCGAAGCUAUGGCCACAAAAUUAUUGCAAAAACAAUAUGACACCAAAUCCACCUUUCUACCGUUGAUAUUAAAGUUAAAUUCAAGCGAACUAUUCAGCAAAUUUUUGGGAGAAACCGAAAAAAACUUGAAUGCACAAUUUGAUAAAGUUUUCCAUCACUAUCCCCAGCCAUCGUUAGUAAUUAUUGAAGAUGUGCACAAUCUCUGUCCAAAACAUGAAAAUAAUGAGGUUGUAAAACGAGUAGCAAUUGCCUUCUUUAGCAUAUUAGACGCCUUGGCUAUCAAAAAAGAGGCACAAAAAUGUUUUGUUCUAGCCACAACCUCAAAUGUAGAGCUGCUGAAUCCAAGUCUAAGAAGAUGUGGCCGCUUAGAUUGUGAAGUGGAAGUGGCACCACCAUCACCAGAGGGUAGAAAGGAAAUUUUCCGUUGUUUACUAAGAAAAAUCGAAAAUCACCGAUUAACUGAGGAGGAUAUACAGGAAAUUGCUCAAAUUACUCACGGUUUUGUGGGAGCCGACUUAGCAAAUCUGGUCUACAAUGCCACUUUGAAGGCCAUGAAGUUGGGCAACUCUGAUGUUGUACAACUAAAUAUAGGCCAUGUUCGCGAUGCUUUGUUGGUUGUGAAGCCAUCUGCCAUGCGUGAAGUUCUUAUAGAAUGCCCCAAUGUAAGAUGGACUGAUAUAGGAGGACAAGAUGAUUUGAAGUUGAAAUUGAAACAAGCUAUUGAGUGGCCUUUGAAGCAUGCUGAACAAUUUAAACGUUUGGGCAUUAAGCCUCCUAGAGGGCUAUUAAUGUAUGGUCCUCCAGGUUGUUCGAAAACAAUGAUAGCCAAAGCUUUGGCUACAGAGAGUCAGCUGAACUUCUUGUCCAUCAAGGGCCCAGAACUAUUCUCGAUGUGGGUGGGAGAAUCUGAACGAGCGGUCAGAGAAGUCUUUCGCAAGGCUAGACAAGUUGCUCCAGCUAUUAUAUUUUUUGAUGAAAUCGAUGCAAUUGGCGGAGAAAGAGCUGAUGGUUCUUCUGGUGCUUCGGGUAGCUCUGUUAAGGAACGAGUACUGACACAGCUCUUGACCGAAAUGGAUGGCGUUGAAUCCUUGGAAAAUGUUACCAUUGUUGCGGCUACAAAUCGACCCGAUAUGAUUGAUAAAGCCUUGCUGCGUCCUGGACGUAUUGAUCGUAUUGUCUAUGUAGGCCUGCCUGACGACGAAGCUCGGCAGCAAAUUUUCCAAAUCAAAUUACAAAAAAUGCCUCUGGCAGAUGAUGUUAAUAUACAAAAACUUGUGGAUAGCACGAAUGGAUAUUCUGGCGCUGAAAUACAAGCCGUAUGUCAUGAGGCAGCACUAAAAACCCUUGAGGAGAAUUUCGAUGCAUCUUCAGUGACAAUGGCGCAAUUUGAAUACGCAUUGAAUAUAGUCCAACCAAGAACUAGUGCUGAUUUGUUACGUUUGUACGAAGAAUAUAUGAAGAAAACAUAAUAAA